UUUGGAUUUUUGCUUCAGGCUGUAAGUGUUCUCAUCUCAUGUAUCGCCCCCCACAAGAAAACAACAACGAGGUUCUCAUUCCCACCUGCUCUGAUCUUCAGUAAUUUAACUUUUACUUGUUUCAAUUUCCAGGAGUUAGGGAGCUAACUUGCAGGCGGAAAUGGGGUUGAUCAUCUCAAGGAUCGCCAAGUUGUUCUUUCCAAAGAGUAAAGUUAGGAUUCUGAUGGUUGGUCUUGAUGCAUCUGGGAAAACCACCAUUCUUUACAAGUUGAAGCUUGGUGAAACUGUUACCACCACUCCAACUAUAGGUGUUUCAAUGUUGAGACAGUGGAGUAUAAGAACGUUAGCUUCUCGGUAUGGGAUGUCGGAGGGCAACAGAAGAUUAGGCCACUGUGGAGGCAUUACUUCCACAAUGUUCAGGGGCUGGUGUUUGUGGUGGACAGCAAUGACAGGGAGCGAAUCUCAGAAGCGCGGAACGAACUUCACAGGAUUCUAACUGAUGUUGAAUGAACUGAGGGAUUCUGCACUAUUGGUCUUUGCCAACAAGCAGGAUUUUCCAGAUGCCAUGAAUACUUCGGAGGUUGCUCAUAAGCUCGGGCUCCAUUCUCUCGGCCAUCGUCAGUGGUUUGUUCAGUGUUCUUCUGCUACAUCAGGAGAAGGGCUAUACGAAGGGCUAAAUUGGCUCUCCACCAUUAUCGUUGGCAAGCCAGUGUGAAUUAUAUGCAGCUACUUACUUCAUUCCCCCUGUUUCUAAGAUUUCUCCAGCCAAGGAGAUGGCAAGUUAGUGAGUGAAAUAGAGAGGAGACAAUAAGAUGAAAUAUGUUGUGUAAAAAAAGGAAGAGAUAUUUUCUUGUAUGAAAAGAAGCUAAUGAUUCAUUCAAAAUUGCACCAA